AUGUCGAACGACGAUGGUGAUUCUGUUACAGAAGAUAUUUCAAUUCUUGAAGUUGAACAGAGGGAAGACGAAGAGCCAGAACCAACAAAUGAGAACGUCAACGUGGGCCACCCGUGGCUAUAUCUUUCCGAUAUGUUUGCUAUAAAGUCAAUAAGCAAAACGAAUGCGAAGGUAACCUGUUUACUCUGUGCUCCCAAGUACAAGGAAUGCAGUUCAAGUUUGUCUUCUUUGUCGAAUUUGCGCACACACGUCAAGGUAGGGAUCUUCCAAAUUUAACAAACAUAAAUUCAUAAUUACUAAUUAGUUACAAAUAACUAUGAAUAGUUUUAUUUUAUUUAAAUAUGUAUAACAUAACAUAUAAUGUUGUAUAAUUUCCCCAUUACUAUUAUUGAGCUAAUACUAUUUAUCGAACUCUGGGGACGGAAUGUGACUGCUAUCAGUUAUAUGUCCUCUCAAGAAUAAAAAUCCCAUCAGAAUGAGUAAUGCUGUGAACAGGUCAGUUACAUUUUGUUUAUUGUGUUGGGGCACUCAACUCCCUAUAUCUGACCCCUUGAUUAUGAAAGAUAUUCCAUUCUGUUGUUUAAUAGUAUUAUUGCAUAAUUCAACGCUUUAGAGAGUUCAUCAACAUAAAUGAUCUGCCUUCAACAAGCUAUGUGAUGAGGCUAAAACUAAAAGAAAAAUGCCUUCAAGGAAAAGGAGUAAUAGUGAUGCCAGAGACAGUGGAGGACCAUCUGCUCCUAAACAACAAAUGUUGGAUGCUGUGCUUUCCUCUCAAGUUAAAUACAAUGCCAAUUUGGUUACUCAAGCCCAAGUGGAUGAUUUGCUGAUCAAGUUCAUGACAGAAGCUCUUAUGCCGCUGCAUUUAAAGAAUUUGUGUUAG